AUGUGGGCAGUAUAUGCAAUUCCAUUCGAGCAUCCACCAAAUGCAAGCGGAUUGCCAUCGGUUCUCCAGGUUGGCGUUCCCGCUCUAACCAUGGCUUUUCCUUCACUUAUUAAAGGUGUAAUUUCUCGUAUGGGAAAACCGAUAUCACAAGAAUUCAUCAAUCUAACACUCAUUUGUGCCAUGUUACACGGAAAAUUGACCUCAAUUCUCAUCAUCGCUCUCAUUCAACCAUAUCGACAAUUUUGUUUGAAUUCGAUGGGGAAAAUGAUCGGGUAUUUUCGU